AACGUGUAAUUGAAUUAAGCAAAAAAAGUCACUCAACUGCUUCCAAUUUAUUUGAAAAAGACGCCGACAGAAAGAGAGAGGAAACUGAUUUUGUACCAGAGCUUCAACUUGGUCUUCAAUGGAGUCAUCGAUCACGGAUCCUUCUCUUCAUUCCUUUCUGCGAUUCUCUUCUUCUUCUUCUUCUGGGGAACCCGGCGCCAUGAGUAAGGGGGUUUAUACGGUCUUCGAUUACGAUUCUCAUUUCUUUUAGCGUUGAAGACCAUCAAGGUUCUCCAGAGGAAUAAUCUCCAUCACUCACACGCCUCUGUGGACCCUCACAAGGUUAGUUUAUUCGCCAUAACCGGCUUUCUCGCAAUCAGAAUUUCAGAGGAUAAGAAGAUGGUUGACAAGGAAUUUUUCACCGAAUAUGGUGAAGCUACUCAGUAUGAAAUUGAAGAAGUUAUAGGCAAAGGGAGCUAUGGGGUUGUUGCAUCUGCCAUAGACACUCACUCUGGCGAGAAAGUUGCCAUCAAGAAGAUAAAUAAUGUCUUCGAGCACGUUUCGGAUGCUACACGGAUUCUUAGAGAAAUUAAGCUCCUCCGUUUUCUCCGGCAUCCUGAUAUUGUUGACAUAAAACAUAUAAUACUCCCUCCUUCCAGAAGGGAGUUCAAAGAUUUGUACAUUGUUUUUGAGUUGAUGGAGUCUGACCUUCAUCAUGUACUCAAAGCUAAUGAUGAUCUCACCCCUCAACAUCAUCAAUUUUUCUUGUAUCAACUUCUUAGAGCCUUGAAGUAUAUACAUUCAGCACAUGUGUUCCAUAGAGAUUUGAAGCCAAAGAAUAUACUUGCCAAUGCAGACUGCAAACUGAAGAUCUGUGACUUUGGGCUUGCUCGUGCAUCUUUUACUGAUGCCCCAUCUGCUAUUUUUUGGACUGAUUAUGUGGCUACUCGAUGGUACCGUGCUCCUGAACUCUGUGGCUCCUUUUUCUCAAAGUAUACACCAGCUAUUGAUAUUUGGAGCAUAGGAUGUAUAUUCGCUGAAAUGUUGGCAGGCAAGCCAUUGUUUCCUGGGAAUAGUGUUGUGCAUGAGCUGGAUCUAAUAACUGAUUUACUUGGUACUCCUUCGGCUGAAUGCAUUGCUAAGAUUCGUAAUGAAAAGGCUAAAAGAUACUUGAAUAGCAUGAAAAAAAAGCACCCUAUUCCUCUGUCAAGAAAGUUCCCUAAUGCAGAUCCACUAGCUCUUCAUUUACUUGAGCGUCUGCUUGCAUUUGAUCCUGAGGAUCGUCCUUCUGCUGAGGAGGCAUUAGCUGAUCCAUAUUUCCAUGGGCUUGCAAAUGUGGAGGAUGAACCAUCGAGGCAACCCAUUUCAAAACUUGAGUUUGAGUUUGAAAGGAGAAAGUUAACCAAAAAUGAUGUCAGAGAGCUUAUUUAUAGAGAAAUUUUAGAGUAUCAUCCUCAAAUGCUACAGGAAUACCUUCAAGGUUCUGAGAGUCACUUCUUGUAUCCCAGUGGAAUUGAUCAAUUCAAGCGUCAAUUUGAUCAUCUGGAGGAACACUCUGGUAAAGGUGAGAGAGGCAGUCCGCUCCUGAGGAAGUAUGUCUCCUUGCCUAGGGAGCGAAUCUGUACACCAAGAGAUGAAGAUGAUGAUAAUUGUAAAACAGAACAGAAUGCAACUUCAGCUGAACCUGCAGCGCAUCAAAGCACUCCUGGACCUGGUUAUUCAUUAACUGCUCUGAAUGGUUCUGUUCAAGUAGACUGCAGCAAUUACAACCUGUUGAGGAGUGCAAGUAUUAGUUGCUCAAAAUGGGUGGAUUAAUUGCAAAGGUUGCACGGUAAGUACACUGACUCUACAAAAAGAAUCCGGAGGGUUUUUGGGGGGUGGCGGGGUGGAUCUUUUAUUGAAAACCUAUGCUCGUCAAUCACUUGAAUCAUUUGUGUAUUCGUAUAAUGUGUCUUAAACCAAAGCAACAGAGAAAAAUUAAUAAUCAUAAGUUAAGGGUGAGAAGGCUUGUGCUUAUUGUCUUAAGGGGAGUUAUGAUUCCACUGCACUAAGAAAACCUACACUUCUCUUCCGAGACACAACCCUCCAAGAAAAAAAAAGCAAAAAAGAAAGAAACCUUGCUUGCUGCUAAGCUUUCUCGCAAAUUUCGUACGGUUUGUAUGCUCAAUGAAAGGACCUGUGGAAAGUUAAUUAUGCUCACUGGAGUUGACAAAGCUCUCUGUAAGGGUCACUCUAUUUUUCUCAAACUAUUUUCUUCAGAAAAGGUGUUCUACAAGAGGUAGCUUUCAGUUUUCCCGUUUGUUCAGUUUGACAAAUUUGAAAUCACCGACCUCUCUAAAUAACAUCCUAGUUAUAAGGGAUGUGGAUUUUUUCCUCUCUAUGACUUUAGUGUGAACAUAAAUCAGAUUGUUCUCAAAUUAUAUGACUUGUUUGCUUUUCCUUGCAGGCAGAAAGAAUGCCAGAUUGCUAGCCUUUCUCAGAAUCUUAAAUUGUAAAAUGUCUCUCAUUCAUAUGGCUUUGAACUUGCCAUUUAACCUUUAAGCUCUCGUUCCACUUCUGGGCCAUUUUAGUUUAUCAUAACUGAUGUAUUGGUAAAGGAUAAAUGUGGACAACAUAUGCAAAGUAAGAACAAACGAUCAAAUUUAUGCUUUUUGGCUCAGCGUUUCUUCA